UUGGGCUCUAAUAGGCCUUUUUUUGUCAAUAAAACAAAUGUUUAAAGUGCUAUAUUUGGUGAUUAAGCAGUUUGAAUUAAGACUGAUGUUCUACUUUGAGUAAGUAAUUAUUGAUGGCUGAUAGACUAAAUCAAUUAAGAAAAAAACUGCAAUUCUAUCACCCUCUGGCAUGUUCUGUCAUGUUCUCAACUGGUCUCCAGUAUUUUCAUUUAUACACGUUUUUCAAAGAUAGCUCUAAAAAUGUUUGGCCUUUCAUCAUACAGUGAAAACUUUUUGGGUUUAUAAUUUUCUUAUCAUAUGAUGUAAAAUGAGUGUUUUGGAAAUUUUGAAAACGUUAAAAAUACUUAAAAAUAAAGAAAUAAAUAAACCAGAGAAUCUCAAACCCUAAAACACAAUGUAAUACAGUGUAAGUUUAACCAUUUGAAGGUGCAGAAUUGAACUAACUAUCUACCAUUUGAUAUCUGCUAUAUUCAGUGGCAAUGUAAUAAAGCCAACUCAUCAUGGUGUAUUUAUAAUGCAUACUUUCCUCUGUGUCUAUUAAUAGAGUUUCACUGUUUGUUCUGAAUGAAUUCACUUUCAGAUAUGAGCUAAUGAAGAGUGAGGGACUUCUGUCAGUCAGAGCACCACGCUUGUUAGAGAUGGUUACACCGCUCAGGAGGUGCCAGGCAGAGAUGACAUUUGAUAGGAAGGUUGAAGGUUGUCUUGCCCCAUAGCUGAAAUGGAGGGAAAGGACAGGGAGGGGUUGAAGGGCUUUAACGGAGAUUGAAUUUCAACAGGACAGCAUUCCCAAAAAAUUUUGAAGACAGACAACGUGAGGCAGCAAGGGAACUGGACAAGAUCGUGGAUGUUCCCCGAACAAGCAAGUGGAAGUGUGCGGCCUGGUCAGAGAGCGGACUGAAGGUGGACAAAAGAGGUCAAACAGGAACUUUGUUUAUGUGACAGGCGGACAUGAUGACAGAGAGGUUGACAGACAACUUAAUGAGACACAAGAGACGAACAAUGUGAUUUUUCAACUGGCCAUUAGCCUCUGUCAGCAGCUAUUUCACACAUAGUGAGUAAGUGCUUUCAACUCACUGGUUUUGUUUUGACUCUGCUUUUUUGUGCUUCUUACGCACACAGUAUAAUUUUUUCAGCUAAAUGAUAAGGCAUGAUUACAAUAACAACUUUUGUUCAAUCUUGUAUCUUUAACUAUGAUUAUAUAAACAAACUCUGCAGAUGUAUCUAAUUACUUCUUAUAUCGUCUUUAAUGCAAACCCAAACUUUGCCUCUAGUUUCAGAUUGGUUUUUGGGUCCAGUUGUCCAACAAAUCCUCAGGAGUGUGGUUCAUUGUGUUUCCCUGACGUGGUCUACAAACAGGGAUGGACGGCAGUGAUCCCCAGGACGAUGACAGAGGAGAGAAAAAGAAAGAGGGUGAUGGAGAGAAAGAUAAACAGCUGAAGAACCAGCUGAACAGUGAGGAGAAAGGAGAGAAGGAGAUCAAAGGAAACGAGAAGGAGAAAAAGAAAGAGAGGCGGCGGUCCGGCUCUCUUUGGAGGAAUGGAUGGGCAUUGAGUGAAAGACUGGCCAUUAAUGUCUCAGGGAUGCGAUAUGAAACUCAACUUCGCACCUUGGCCCAAUUCCCUGACACUUUGCUGGGUGACCCUAGGCGGAGGUCACGGUACUUUGACCCACUUCGAAAUGAGCUCUUCCUGGACCGAAAUCGGGCCUGCUUUGACGCCAUUCUGUACUUUUACCAGUCAGGCGGGAGGCUCAGGAGGCCCACAAACAUCCCACUGGACAUCUUCAUGGAUGAGCUGCUUUUUUAUGAGCUGGGAGAGGACAUCAUGAACCGCUUCAAGGAGGAUGAAGGGUUUCCCAAAGAGGAGGAGAGGCCGCUGCCAGCCAAUGAAAUCCAGAAGAGACUGUGGAUGCUGUUUGAGCACCCGGAGUCCUCGUCGGGAGCUCGCAUCAUAGCCAUCAUCAGUGUGAUGGUCAUUGUGGUGUCCAUCCUGAUCUUCUGCCUGGAGACGCUGCCAGACUUCAGGCAUGAGAAAGAGUCACGAGAGGUAGGUUGUUUCAAACUGGAAUCCACAGAAAUCCUCCUGUUGACCAAAAAAAAAUUUAUGAUAAAAAUAUACUGUGAAACAAAGUGAAGAUGAUGCUAAGAGAGGCUGCAAACACUGUCUAUAAAAUACAGUUAUGUUGGGUGAGAUUAUCCAAAUGUUGUGUGUUACUGAAACAUAAAAAGAUACUUAAAAUGUCCAGAAAGUACGAUUUAAAUGAGUCAAUUGCUGCACAGUGCGCACAUGUAUCUGUCUCUACAGUAGAUAAGAUAGAGGUUUAUUAAUCUGCAAGAAAAUCUGAGGCCAGACUUUUAGGCUAGCUUGCAAGCUUGCCAGCAGAGUAGCACAUGUUUAGUGGUGGAUGUAAAUGAGGUAACAACACCAUGAGGUAUUGCACAACCUCUACAGCCAUAAAAACAUUAGUUUAAAAAUUGACAGUAAGUUUUAAUGAGGCUCAGUCAGAUUUGAAAGUUUGUUCAGAAGUAAAAUUUUUGGACUCUGAAAUCUGCAAAAUUACAAAGUUUCUACAAAGUCCACAUGGAGCACCUGGGUAUGAGGACUUGAAUGGGAUGUUUUUGACAGCCUUUCUGAAGCAGAAACCUGAUACCAUGGGAAGCAGGUGUUUAGGCUAAUACACACUUGGUGAGUACUACUGUGUGUUAAAAGGAAAAACACUGACAUGGGGACAAGUAUUUGCCAAUACGCCUGGAAGAAGACCAGAGAGAGAGUGAGACCGGCAGUGGGAAGCUUAUGCUGUGAUUAUUUUAGUCGGCUGUUAAAUUUGAUACACUCAGAUUCAGGAAGCGCUCAGGGGUGCAGGGAGUAGCAGGCAGGGGGGCUCUGAAUUCAAACACAAGGAGAGAAAAAGAGAAGAGAGGGAGAGGAGACAGAAAGGUGUGUUAAUAAAAGGUCACACAAGUGACUGAACACAAACACAAAGGUGAGCCAAAGCCUCCCGGAGGCUUAGAAGUAGAGACUAAAAGGUCUCACAGGAUGAGGAGUGUACGUCGGGUCAUGUUAACACAUUCCUCCAGGACUGCUUUGCUGGGCACUGUAGCACAAGAGGGGGAGGGACUGCCAGGAAAACUACUGUAACUCACUCUGGUCCAAGUCCACGGCAGACCCACUGAACCAUUGGCAAUGUUACACAGCUGCGGAGGCCAUAGGGAGAUGGGAUCGCGACGAAGGUGGAGAUGGAUGAGGAGCAGUGCAGCGAGACGCUCUCAUGUUUCUCUUCAGAGAUCUCACGGGGUUAUAUUUAGUCUUAGGAGAGCCCUUGGAGCGGAUCAACACAUAGAUGUCCACCUUUAGUAAUAAACACUAUCACUGACCUGCUACUGAAAGUCAAAAGGAAUACUCCAGGGAUAUUUCAACCACCCUGAAACUUUGUAUACAUUACACACCACCCAUUACAGCAUACUAAACGGAUCCCUUUAUAGCUGACUCAUUCGUUUCCAAAUAUCUCAGUGUUAUUUGCAAGAUGUUUUCAGCAGCCUCUUUCCGGUGCUCAAAUGUUGAAUGUGACGCUAACUGACAUGGAAGAUGGAGAAACAGGUGGACUGAAAAGGAGAGAGGUGCAGUUAUGAUUGAUAUGUAAAACCACAGAUGUCAAACGCCUCUAUGGUGUUGGCAUGGUGGACAACAUACUGAAGCCCUAAAAGUGUAUAAAAGUUAUAUAAAAAUAUAAAACAAUAGCCAUACACUCUCAGGAAUAGUUUAUAUUGACACCUAAAUGUAAACAGUAUUCUUUUAAAGCACAGCUUUUGAGUUUAGAUCCAAAGAAAAUGACACUGUCCCUUCAUAUGACGCUAAAUAUGCCACAUGACACGAAAACACUGAAGAACUGUGUUGUCCUGAGCAAAAUGAUCCCAUUACUAAACUACAGUGACUAAAAUGUGGUAGCUAUGCAGUAAAAUCAGUAGACAACAGCAGAGACAAAAAAAGGGUGAGGUAAAAGUGUAACUUGUACCAGCAAAUCCAUGUAGCCGUCUGUGUUCAUGCUAGGCUAAGCUAAAAAAGCUACCGGUUUUAGCUCACUAAACUAUUAAGUGGUACCAGUACUUUAAGUGGAGAUAAGCAAGUACUGGUACUACCCUUUAUAAGUACUUAACGUGUGUUGUAUGACUAGUUUCAGUAAAUUAUUUGUAUUGUGCUCUAAAUUUCUGCGGUAAGCAAAAGAGCCGAGAAGGUAAUGCUAAUUUUCACCAUACAUGUUUAUUGAAAUCUUUGCAGCUCUGCAUCCCCAUGGUCUUCUCAGUUUCCAUCACACUGUAUAAACUAAAUAGAAGCAAAUCUACAGUAGCUUUGGUGUGUGUCAUGAACUCAAGCAUCAGGUAAUGUGCCAUGGUUGUUGUUUUUUAGGAGCUAAUAUGAUUUGCUGAGAGAAACUGUAAUAAAGAGAGGACAGGGGAGGGCACACCGGGUGGUUAAAUUUAGAAGUAAUGGUAAUGCGUACUGGACUGUAACGGCCCACUCAACGCACUGAGUGGUACAGCAUCAUCUUUCUAAUCUGUUUUCUUGCAAAAAAGCAAGUAAGCACAGGCUGUUUGCUAAAAUGCCAGAUGAUGACCUCUGUGUGGUCACCAUAAAUAAAGCAGGGCUGGUCAAUAAUUUGUUAAUCCUUAUUUGGUAUAAUAGAAACUUCAAAUCAAUUAUUUGUUAUUAGUACUUGCGGUAAAGGAUGUUAUUUUGAAAAUGAUAAUCUAGUUUUUAUCCCCAUCUGCUCUUACUGCUCUCUUUGAGCUCCCAACGUUCACACCCUUCCCCCUUGUUUACUUUACACAGAGACACACAUAACAGCAUGGCUGCCAACAUUUGAAGUGAGUGUUCACGAAACUAGCCAACAAACCACAUACUGCUGCAAAGUUUUUUUUCAAAAAAACUUUUGUGGGAUAAAAAGGAUUAAAAAAAGUUCAAAAGCAACAUUAGCAGAUCUUAUGUGUAUAUAUCAAGAAAGGUUGGCUAUGUUGGCUAUGGCUAAAGGUACUGUCUGGCUGUGGGUAAUGGCAGGUUACAUGAGGCAGGCUACAUAUCUUGCAGCAGUUGUCCUCUUUGUUCUUGGCAAGACAUUACAGCAUAGCUCUGCACUCGAGGAUCACAACACGGUGAGGCACUUAAAUUGCAGAAGUCACUUUACACCAUCACACCUUUAUCCGUCCCUCCUGGAACAAUGACAGGUAGGAACUUAUUUUUAGAACAAGACAAGGGGAACUAAGAUAGCAACAUAAAUGUGACACAUAGGAAUAUAAAUUAUGCCUAAAAUAAUGAUGAAAUAAGCUUCAUUCGGUCACCUCCAAUGUAAUAGUGUAAUUCAUACUAAAAUAAACCAAAUCUAACACUGUGCUUAGUUUGAUUGAGUUUAGGGCUGAUUGCCUUGCCCUAGCAUACGUGUAGUUCAAAGAACUGUUAUCACAAUUACACACAGUUGUGUACUUUCCACGAUAUUUCUGUUGUACUGAAUGUGGUGAAUAAAGUAGCCUACCUAUAAGCCAGUGUUGAGUAAAGGCCCACUAACUAUGAUAUAUAAAAAACAGGUUAAUGGGUACAUCUUGCCACCAUGUCUUCAGACGAAAAAUGUAUGUUAUCAUAAAGCUGAUUUUCUAUGAUAAAGGAAUUUUCUACAAGCACACACUUUCACAUGAAGCUAAGAAAGUUUACUGUUCACUGUUCACCUCUCAUCCUGUAAUAAUCCUCCUCUAUUUCUCUCACUCUGGCCUUUAGUGUCUCUCCACAAACUAUCCUAAAGAUCAGGAUGAAGAAAAAUAUCCAUAAUCUCUGAGAUUUUCUGAGAAGUUGUGUCAGGGUCUAAUUUUAACUUCACUGCUGUUUUGUUAACUAUCAGAAGACACUUAGUUGUGUUGUCUUUUGGGAAUAUGUAGGUAAUGGUUAAGAUAUGCAAAGGGUAAAGAUUAGACAAGGUUUACAAUCUUCUUCUUUUUCUUCAUCUUCCUUGUCAAGAUUUUUAUGCUGGUUGACAUCUACAGUGUAAUUGAGCUGCCUCUUGAACUCUUUUUGCCUCUCCGUUUCUUUUUAUUUGUUGUUGUAGUCAGUUAAAAAUCAUCCAAAAUCAUUAACUGAAUACAUAGAAAUCAGUAUUAAAGAUUUGUAAGAAAAUGUAGUGGGGUAAAAGUGCACAUUUUAUUUGAAAAAUAUGGUGAAGUAAAUGUUGAAGUUGUCAGAAAUGUAAAAAACUGAAGUGAAGUACAGAGACUCCCAAAAAUACUUUAAGAGGUGGUGGUGGUGUUGGGGCUCUUAAAGAGACAGUAGUUUAAAUGGAGCGUCUCAGACAGAGAAUGAACUGAGGGUUCUCCAUGACAGCAGCCUGUAAUACUGUAUGUCCAGAAUUUGUUGAAAUGUAUAAAGCUGCUAAGAAGCUCUCAGAGGGACAAUAUAAAGACAAAAAAUAAGCAUAAUGCCCCCUCUUUCAAGUACUGUAUGUAAGCUGCUGUUAUUUCUAUUACUCAGCUGAUACUUGACCAGCAUGAUUUACAUCUUUCCUGUCUGCUCUCUUUCCUCUCUCUACAGGAAUACUUUUACAAGUACCACGCCCAAGCCAAGAAUGUAUCUGAGAACAUGCCCCCUCCACACAGUGUCUUCCAUGACCCCUUCUUCCUGGUGGAGACCAUGUGCAUAUGUUGGUUUUCCUUUGAGCUCUUGAUGCGCUUCCUCUGCUGCCCGAGCAAGACUCACUUCUUCAAGGACGUCAUGAACAUCAUUGAUUUCAGCGCCAUCCUUCCUUAUUUUGUCACACUUGGAACGGAGCUGGCCAAGGACAAUGACGCCUCUCCUGCCACAUCUUUAGCAAUCAUACGAGUCAUCAGGUUAGUGAGGGUGUUCAGGAUCUUUAAACUGUCCCGUCACUCUAAGGGCCUUCAGAUCCUCGGUCAGACUCUGAGGGCUAGUAUGCGCGAGCUCGGCCUGCUGAUCUUCUUCCUGUUUAUUGGUGUCAUCCUCUUCUCAAGUGCCAUCUACUUUGCGGAGGCUGACCACACCAACACAGCCUUUAUCAGCAUACCGCACGCCUUUUGGUGGGCUGUUGUCACAAUGACAACGGUUGGCUAUGGCGAUAUGUACCCAGAGACAGUAUGGGGUAAGCUAGUGGGCUCAAUGUGCGCCAUCGCAGGUGUGCUGACCAUUUCACUUCCUGUCCCCGUCAUUGUGUCCAACUUUAGUUACUUCUACCAUCGUGAGACGGAGUGUGUGGAUCAAACUGAGUACACCCACAUCCAGAGUGUGUGGGAGGAUGAGGAGCCUGAGAGGGGGGAGAUAGAUGAAGGAGAGAGGGAUCCUGAGGGAGAUUAUUAUGCAAUUGAAGGAAUCUGCAACCCUUUGAACGGGACUCUGCUGGGUGGACUGUGUGCGGGGCAGAGCCCAGAGUUCAGAGGAGGAAACAUGUAUCUGAGGGAGCCACUGGUCACACAAGUGUAGUUUUGUAACAUCUGACAAGAGGAGGAAUAUGACAAAAGCGAAUGAGGAAAGCAGGAUAAAGUUCAUGAGUGUGAAGGUCCCGAGGAAAGGAAAUAGGGAAAGAGGCAACUCACCAAGAGGAAAUGGCUAAUUUUACUUAGCAAAAUCAUAAAUAUAGCAUUAUUAUACCUUCUAAGUCAUUUUUAUUACCUACACUUAAAAAGUUUUUAUAACAGCACUAGCCAGUCAGGUGAUGCUAAAAGGUGAUUUUGUACGAUACAGCUUUGAAAAAGCAGAAAAAGACUUCUGUGACUUUUGUAUUCUCAGGGUCAUGAUUUCGCUCUUAUUUAUUAAUGCAGUCAGUUUGUGUUUGAAUUGUCUGUGACCUUCUGAAUGUCCGUUCUGUGCCUCAAAACUAUGAUGUCUUAGUACUGUCACUCUGUGGCCUAAUGUUUGAAGUGGAAGCAGAUAGAUAAUCGCCAGUAAAGACGUCAGGUCUCAUCAAAACCAAACCAGACACCAGCAGUGGCAGAAGUAGCGCCCUCACUUCGGGUGGACUCAGAUCUCUCGUAAACCGACCCUUCAUUCUUUACAUUCUUCUGUAACUUAUGUACAAAGUUCACAUUUGUGUAGUUUUGGCUUAUGUGACCUGAAGCGACUGACAUGACCUUUAUCAUGCUGUAAUACAACUCUGUUAGCUGAUGCAAUGUUGCAGAGGAGCAUUUGGAUAGUUAGGG